UUUCAGGCAUGAACGAGCCAUCGGCCUGCUCGGGGCCGCCCGUAAAGAGCAAAAGCUCGAAAAACGAGCCAUUUUACACAUUAAAAGCUCUACUUCCACCGUACAGCGAAAUUCAGGGAAAUCACGAUCUUCUCAUGUCGUACGAGCUCGGGCCUGUUGAGGGAGGAUUCAGUGGUAGCAGACGAGUUAAGGAGAAAAUCUCCUCGUUUUUGCCGCAUAUAAUCGGCGAAUUUCACUUGGACGCGACGAAAGAGGCGAGCUCACUGCGAGCUCUCAUCGAAAAACCGCCGAUUCACAAGGAAAUUUCGAAUUUGACGAGCUCUUCGAUGCAGGGAUUCAAGCUUUCUGCUGGGCCCGUCGAUGAAAGAUAUCGCCACCUAUUCGAGCGCCGAAAAGAGGAACCAAAUCUGGCGUACAGCGAGAAAUUGAAUUUAAUACGGGUUCGGCAACAAUACGACGCAUAUGGAUUUGAUGAUGAUGAGACGGAGAAAGGAUUUCCGAAGAAACACAAGAAAAAGAAGAAGGAUAAGAAGAGAAAGAAGGAAAAAGAAGAAUUAGGCGAUGCGGAGAAAAGAAAAAGAGCCGCCGAUGAGCCAAUGGAGUUUUAGGGGGGAUUUUGGAAUUCUCUCCUACUCAACUCACCCAACACAAAGCUCGUCUGUACCAGUUCUCCUCUCGAUAAAUAUGUCUGAAAUGUCAAAAACCAAUGGCAAUUAAAUUCAUUCAACAAUGAUCCACUUCGCGAUAAAUUUCGACGAUAUCCUUCUGAAAAUUAACCUAUAAAUUAAAUUAUUUUUU